AUGUUAAAAAAAAUAAUAAUUUUAAAAUUAAUUUUAUUUUUUUUAAAUUUAAAAUUAAUAAAUGGAUUAUCAGAAAAAGAUUUUAUAUUUUAUAAAGUAAAAUUGGAUGAUAGAGAUUGUGAAUUUCCAAAAUGUGGUGGUUAUUGGUUACAAAGAGUAAAUGUUGGGAUGAGUGCAGUUUAUGUUUCUUCAAUAUCAUUGGACCCAUCAAUUGUAAAUUUUAAUAUGUCAUUAAUUACAUUGGCCUUUACAGAUGAUUUAAUUUUGGGUGGAUUAAUAAGAUCUUAUCCAAAAUUUAAUUAUUUUCAAGUUUACAAUGCAACACGUUUAAUUUAUACCAAUGGUGGUGAAAAAUUAUAUGGUCCACAAUUAUUUAAUAGAAAAUAUCAAUAUCUAACUAUAAAUGAAAAUAAUAAUCAAAAUUCUGGAAUUUUUAAUUUUAUUGAUAAUUUAUAUUCAUCUAAUAGUAAUAAAAAUAAUAAAAAUAAAAAUAAUCAAUUUUAUCCAUUUAUUGCUAAAUCAUUAAAUUUAAAUUAUCAAUUUCAAUUAAUGAAUUUUACAGAAAUGUAUAGUAAAUCAAUUUACAAUUUAGAUAUCGGUUGGUUAAAUAAUGUUAUUACAAAUUCAAAAACAAUUAGCUUUGGAUUUAUGGAUCAAAAUAAUAAAAACUUUCAAAUCACUAAAAUUUAUAUUAAUAUUCCAUUAAUUGAUUCAAAUAAUUGUUUAGAUUUUAAUAUUAGUAAUAUAUGUAGUAGUGAUCAAGAAGAUAAUAGUCAGGAUAAAACUAAUUCUUCUUUUGAAAAUCAAAAUCAUUCAAUAUUAUUACCAACAUUCCAUCGAGAUUAUUCAAGAUGUUUAUAUUUUAGUGGUUGUAUAAAUAAUAAUAUUAAAAAUGAUGGCAAAUUAAAUUAUGAAAAAUGUAAUGAUAUUCCAACUCCUUUAUGCCCUAAAGGUUAUAAAUUAUUUUCAUUUUCGGAAAGACCUUAUGGAUGUAAACGUUAUUAUUGUGAUGUUUCUUUUCUUUCCGAUUAA